AUGGCUUUUCGAGAAGAAAACAUGUAUUGGGAGCAAAAAAGUAGAGAUCAGUGGCAUAAAGAUGGGGAUAGAAACACAAAAUUCCAUCAUGCCACAACAAAAAAACGAAGAGUCCAGAAUAGGAUCAUUAGCAUUAAAGACAAACAUGAGAGGCUGGUAGAGAGUGAAAUCGAGGUGGAGAACGUGGCUGUUCAAUACUUUCGAGAUCUCUUCUCUACCUCCUCGCCGACAGAGUUAGACGCUUCCCUUCGAUUCAUUUCUGAAAAGGUGUCUCACACCGACAAUAUGAUACUUUUGGAGAAACCGUCGGAACAUGAAAUUAGGAAAGCUCUUUUCGAAAUCAACCCGGACAAAGCUCCCGGACCAGAUGGCAUGACUAGUAAAUUGUUUCAAAAAUUCUGGCGCGAGAUGCGUCAAGACAUUAUUAGACUCGUGCAAGAUUUCUUCGAGACGGGCAGCUUUGAUCCACUAUUGAACCAGACAAAUAUAUGCCUCAUCCCUAAAAAGAAGAAACCUCGAGACAUGACUGAGUUCAGACCUAUCAGCCUCUGCAAUGUUAGCUACAAGAUUAUAUCCAAGUUACUAUGCAAGCGACUUAAGAGGGUUAUUCCGCGUUUGAUCUCAGAGACACAAUCUGCUUUUGUUUCAAAACGUUUGAUUACUGGUAAUAUCCUGAUAGCACAAGAAAACUUUCACGCUCUACGGACGAACCAGAGAUGUAGGGAAGAUUUUAUGGCUAUUAAAACAGACAUGAGCAAAGCUUAUGAUAGAGUGGAAUGGAACUUCCUAGCAGCCUUGAUGCUAAAGAUGGGUUUUGAUGAAAGACUGGUUGACCUCAUUAUGUGUUGUGUCACGUCGGUCACAUACCAAAUUUUAGUCAAUGGACAACCAAGAGGGCGAAUCUUACCUAGGCGAGGCUUGAGACAAGGAGACCAUCUUUCCCCCUUUUUGUUUAUCAUGUGUACGGAAGCUUUAAUCUCUCUUUUAGACGGAGCAGAAGCGGAAAAGAAGAUUGAGGGGCUUCGGGUUGCUAGGGCGAGCCCAAGGAUCUCCCACCUUUUAUUUGCAGAUGACAGUCUUUUCUUCUGUAAGGCGGAAUUAAGCCAAUGCAAGGAGAUCAUAGACAUUCUAGACUUAUAUGGAAAGGCAUCAGGACAACGACUAAAUGCGUCAAAAUCCUCUGUCUUUUUUGGGAACAAAGUACAUUUAUCUCUGAAACAAGAUAUAAAAGAAGUUCUUGGAUUUUCUUCUGAAGGAGGCAUGGGGAUGUAUCUUGGCCUACCAGAGCAAAUAUGUGGCUCGAAGAUGAAAGCGUUCUCUUUUGUACAAGACCGACUAAAUGGGCGAGUCAACAAUUGGUCAUCUAGACUCCUCUCCAAAGGGGGAAAAGAAGUCCAGAUUAAAUCUGUGGCUCAAGGAGUCUCAACCUAUGUGAUGUCAAGUUAUUUGCUUCCAAAAGGCAUCACUGCUAAACUUAGGAGCACUACUUCAAAUUUUUGGUGGAGUUCAAAACAAAAUAGCAGAGGAAGAUAUUACAAUCACACCUCUCCUUUAGAAGACCGUCGAACAUACUCACCAUCAUAUGGAUGGCGUAGUAUUAUGGCAGCGAAACCCUUACUCAUUUCGGGACUACGGAGAACUAUUGGUACGGGUCAAGACACGAGGGUCUGGAGCGAGGCCUGGGUCCCAGAUUCAGUGGCUAGACCACCAAGACCUGCUAGCCAUAUUGUGUACAGACUACCUCAACUCCUUGUUCAGUCCUUUAUUAGAACUGAUACCAAGGAGUGGGACAUACAGCUCUUACGAGAAUUUUUCCACCCAGACGAUAUCCCGCUGAUAUUGGGGCUAAAACUAUCACACUCACUUACCCCAGAUGGAUAUGUUUGGAACUACACAAAAUCUGGAGUGUACUCAGUUAAAACCGGCUAUGAUCUCCUCCAAGAAACUAAGCAGAGUCUUACACACGAAGGGGCCAUGGAACCGAGUUUUACGACUCUCCAAAGCCAUGUAUGGAAGCUAAAGACUCCCACCAAGAUGAAACAUUUCUUGUGGCAAGCAAUAUCGGGCUGCGUGGCGACGGCAGAGAGGCUUGCAUAUAGACACCUGGACACCGAUAGGAGUUGUCCUAGAUCCCUUCAGGUUUGGGCUUUAUCGGACUAUCUGUCCCUUCCGAGUUAUUUCCCGAGUACAUCUAUAUUCCAAAACAUGAACUUUCUGUUUUGGAAGAGAAAAGAGGUGGCUCCACUGAGACCACAAUUCGAUACCUUCCCUUGGAUCUGUUGGUACAUUUGGAAGGUGAGGAACGGCAAACUCUUUAAUGGGAAAGUUGUAUCCCCGAUGGAUAUCCUCCAACAUGCGUCCCUUGAGGCAGAAUGUUUGAGGAAGGCUAACGAAAAAGAGGAAGUAGAGGAGGAUCAUUAUGACCCUCCUGCUAUCGAAGAGGAGAUAGUGCCCCCUUGGAUACCUCAAAUCCCUACAUGUCGAAUUGAUGCAUCAUGGAUCAAUAAUGACAGCGUUAGUGGGCUAGGGUGGAGUUUUAAGGAUCAGUUGGGCUCUGAAUUUUUCGGAUUACGGGCGUGCAACAGGAGUCUCUUAGACUUGCAUGAUGAGAUGGAAGGUUUACUUUGGGCAGUCUCAUGUAUGAGAGAAAUGAGGAUAUAUUCGAUACGGUUCGAGACAGAAUGCUCGGACUUAGUGGAUAUGACUAUGAACCCGAUGGAGUGGUCUACUUUUGCAACAGAGAUUGAGAUGCUUCAAAGACUCCAGGAGGUUCUUGAGGAUGUGAGUUUGUCUCAUAUUCCUCGAAGUAGGAAUGGACGAGCAGACGCGCUAGCGAAAGAAGCAAGACGAAGAGGUUUCAAAAUUGAUAAGCUUGAUUUCCCACAGAUGCUGUAUAUUGUAGGGCAGGAACCUUUUCUGAGUAAAAGCAUUGCCUACUACAGCGAUGACAGCAAGCACUUCCCUGCUCUUAAAGAAGCACUCAAGGCAGAUGAAUGGGAGGAGCUCAAGAACUCGAGAUUAGGAGUGUUCUUAAAGUUCCACGAAAUGAAGUUUGGAUGGGCUUCCAGGGUGGUGCACUAUAUACUGUGUUUUCAGCUUGAGUGCAAGAAGAAGUAUGAGUUGUGGAGACUCAUAGGUGUUCAACCAGUGAGGUUUUCUCUGCAUGAAUUUGAAGAGAUAACUGGUCUGAACUGCGAGUAUGUGAAGAAUCUCGAGAAUCCGUUGGUUGAGGUAACGGAUGACAUGAAAGAAUUUGGGGGCAGAUGGGAGUGA